AUGUCUUUUGCUAUACGUCCUGAGGUUUUGAAAGGUAAACGUUUCACUCAAGCUGCUGAUAUUAACAGUUUUGGAAUUAUUAUGAUAGAAAUAUUAACAGGCAGAGGGCCUUUCGACGGUUAUAAUUUUGAUGCUGAAUUAGCAGCAAUGAUCUAUCAUGGAUUACGACCUGGGUUUAUUAUAAGAACACCAAGAUGGUAUGUUCAAUUGUGCAAACGAU